UAUGUUUUAUCGCGUUUGAUUCUGAUGAUGGAAGCCAAAGUUACGAAUAUUGUGUUGUAUGGGAUAAUAAUGCAUGAAUAGACUACAAGAAACUUUUUAAGACAACUUUUAUAUUUUACCAAUCAUUAGGCUAUCAUAUUGUUCAACCAUUUUUUACUAAGCAAACUGUGGCUUUCAUCUCUUAGUAAUAUCGUAACAGGUUUUGUUUCUAUUGAACUUCAUGUUACUUUUGCCUUGUGAUAGUUUCAAAUGGCAGCAAUGUGCGAAAUUAACUUAUCGCUGUUUCCGCAGUGGGUAGGCUCACCUUGCGGUUUGCACGGACCUUACAUUUUCUACAAGGCUUUUAGGUUUCACCUUGAAACCAAGCCUCGGAUCCUCUCCCUGGGAGACUUCUUCCUAGUGAGGUGUAAGCCCGGGGAGCCCCUCUGCAUAGCGGAGCUACAGCUGUUAUGGGAAGAAAGAACCAGCAAACAACUUUUAUCCAGCUCCAAACUUUAUUUUCUCCCUGAAGACACCCCCCAGGGAAGGACUGUCAGUCACGGAGAGGAUGAGGUUGUGGCUGUGUCAGAGAAGGUGGUGGUGAAGUUAGAGGACCUGGUCAGAUGGACGGUGCGGGAUUCUUCAGACUGGAACAGAGGGCUGAAGGCCGUGCCUCUGAAGCCCAGCGAUGUGCUUCGGGAGCUGGGGAAGAAUGGACAGAGAGACACCCUCCACCGGUACAGAGAGUCUACACUUAAUAGCGGCCUCAACUUCAAAGACGUCUUAAAGGAGAAGGCUGAAAUAGGUGAUGAUGCAGACCAGAAGCGUGUGCUGGUGCUUUCCUACCCACAGUACUGUCGCUACCGCUCAGUGUUGGCACGGCUGAGAGAAAGACCUGCCUCCCUACUCACAUCACAGGUGGUUCUGGCCCUUGGAGGUGUGGCCUCUCUCACAGAACACACCCACAUUCUGUACUGCAGGGACACCUUCGAACACCCCACCCUUAUCGACAACGACAGCAUCUGUGAUGGGUUUGCUCCCAACUUGAAGGGCCGGCCAAGGAAGAAGAAGCUGUCCAUCUCACAGCGCAGGGACUCACAGAAUGCACCAGCAGGCAAGGAGACAUGCAGCACAGAGGCCAAGUCCCCUGUCAAGGUGAAGCCUGAGUCCAAAGCUGCGGUGUCCAAAGGACCUAAAGGCAGUACUAGCACCAGUAACUGUAAGAGGGUCUCCUCCUCGUCCUCGUCCUCCUCAUUAGAGGAGAACACUCAAGGAGGGCCAGGCGAUGGAGGCGAGGAGUGUCGGGCAGAUGAACAGGCCUUCCUAGUAUCUUUGUAUCAGUACAUGAAGGAGAGAAAGACACCAAUAGAGAGGAUCCCCUACCUUGGCUUCAAACAGAUAAACCUUUGGACUAUGUUUCAAGCAGCUGAGAAACUAGGAGGCUAUGAGCUGAUUACAGCACGCCGACAGUGGAAAAAUGUAUAUGACGAGUUAGGAGGAAACCCAGGGAGUACCAGUGCUGCUACAUGCACAAGGCGGCACUAUGAAAGGCUAAUCCUGCCCUAUGAAAGGUUCACUAAAGGUGAAGAAGAUAAGCCCCUACCUCCAGCUAAACCUCGAAAGGACUCCCCUUCCCAGGAUGGGGUCCCCAAGACCAAGGUUUCCCCGGUGAAGCAACGCCCCAAAGAGGAACAGCCCGUCCAACCGCCUCAGACAGAACAGGACCCUUCCACUCCAGGCCUGGACCACCCAGCGGAGUGUGAGGAGAAAGAGAGGAGCCCAGCGAAAAAAGAGGUUCAGUUGAAACAGGAUGCACAGCCUCCACAGUUUUUAACCCUGCUGGCCGGGGAGCCUGUAAAGAAGAGGACCUUUAGCAAUGAGGAGGAGGAGCUAACAGUAAAGGAGGAGGCAGUGUCUUCCUGUGGACCGGAAAGAGCGGCACUCCUUGGUCAUUCAUUGGAGAAAAAUGAAAAUCAACCUCUAGACACGGCGACGCCCCCCGAAGCGGCGGACGUGUUCCUUAGAGACACGCCCACACCACCAGACCACGCCCCCCCGCAGGACAAAUGGCAGGAGGAGCUGCUGCCCUACAUCGACCCAUGUCCCCCUGGGCUGGCGGAGAUGCCCCAGGGCCCUAACCGUAAUGCUGGCGCGGUCGGCACGGUCGGCACGGUGCUGCCCAUGCUGCAGCAGAGGCCUCUGCAGUCCCCCAGGAUCCCGGAGACCCUCAAAGACAGAGCGGAUCUCCCAGGGCCAGACGACUCCGGUUCCAGCUACCCUCCUCCGGGCUACCCAGGGAAAACACACCCUGGGCCAGGCACCAACCCAGGCACCAACCACCCUGGGGUCAUGAACCCUGGCAUAAUGUCUCCCCUCGCCAAGAAGAAGCUGCUCUCUCAGGUCAGUGGGACCGUGCCCUCCCUGCCCAAUCACUAUGCCUUCGGACCCCCACCGCCGCUUGUCAACACCGGACAGCACAGUGGCGGCCUGGAGGAGUUGGCCGGCCAGCCGGCGGCAGGCUGCCGGGGUUCCGCCUCAGACGCGGCUGUGGUCAAACGUCCGUCUGUGAUUCAACACGCCCAGAGCUUCAAGCCGCCGUCCCAAGGGCCAGGGGACAGGGAGAGAGAGAGGGAGGGCUUGGCCAGAGAUCUGUGUAGACCAGGGGAGCCCUACACACCCUGUGACCCCACUCAACGCCAGACCAUACACCACCCCCAGGCACAGCACCCGCACCCCUACCCUAACUGUGCGGGUGACACCUACCUUUUGAGGCCUGAUCCCCACCCCCACCAGGCGCCCCGUCCUGGCCACGCCCCCAGCUUCCUGUCUGACUACUAUUCCUCCCCCCACCUCCACAGUCUGUACCGUCACCCAGAGAUCGGCCUCGGCCAGGAGCCGCUCAGCCAGUAUCUGGAUGGCAGGGAGAGGGAGACGGCUUUCCCCAGGGACUGUGAGGCUGUGCCUGGGUCGGGGGGGCCAGGCUUCUCCCCAUCCAGACACCCAGAGACAAUGGGCUUGGGGAGCUACUGCAGCCACGUGACCAGCUUGACACCAAGCAUGACCUCUCACAGUCACACUCACAGAGACAUGUCACCCGGCCGGAGGGCCUCGGAUGACCAGCCCACGGACUUGAGCCUCCCCAAGCCGUCUCCCCACAAACCCCUGCCCUCCCUGCACGGCCCCCCCCACCCCUCUCCACCCGCAGGACACAGGGAGGUUCUGUAGAGUCCCCCC